CUACAUUCAAUUUUACUAUAAGUGCUAGAUUGGUAGCUUUGAUAUAACAGUUUAGUCAUAUAUAUUACUUUCGUGUUACUUUCUAAAAUUUUAUUUUAUUAUUAGACAACAUAUUAUAAAAUAGUUUAUGUAACACAAUUUUAUAACAAUUACAAAAAUUAAAAAUUCAUCAAUAUUGCUUACUAUCUAUAACUUGAAUUUAUUAUUAGACCACAAUUUAUAUAAAAAAUUAUGUCAUAACUAUCUAUAAUUAUUAAACUAAAUUAUUAGUUUCUUACCGACCGCGCAUAGCCAAAAAGAGCUAGUUUUUGUGUAUAAUUAAAGAUCAUGCAUCCUACCAGACGGUCGACUCCUCUACACCCUAUAUUAGAGGUGGCAAUUAGGAUCCAAAUCCAUGAAUCCAAUCCAUCCAUCCACCAAAUUAUCCACAUAAUCCAAUCCAUUUGAUCCAAAUUUUACUAUUAAGUUCUAGAUCGGUAGCUUUGAUAUAACAGUUUAGUCAUAUAUUACUUUCGUGUUACUUUCUAAAAUUUAUUUUAUUAUUAGACAACAUAUUAUGAAAUAGGGCUGGCAAUUCGGUUGUCAGUUAGCGGUUAGCCGCCGGUUAUAACCGAAAACUGCCAGAAACCAAUUAACCGAAAACCGACAAAAACCGACCUCGGUCGAUGUUCGGAUGCCCAUCAGAGGGCUCCGGCUAGCCGAAUAACCGGGAAUGAUUAACCGCGCCUAACCGGAUAACCGACCCUCACCGAAAAUCCCCUUCUCCCCAUCCCAAAAUCGCAGAAACCCUUCACCCCAAAUCAAAUAACCUAAUUCCAAUACCCUCCCCCAUCCUCCCCGCGAGACCGCCUGCUCCCCCGCCGACGCUGCCAUUAACGCGCGACCCUGCUCUCAACCAGCGACCCCGCCUGUUCCACCGUCGUCGUUUCCUCCCCGCGAGUCCGCAACACCGCUUGCUCCACCGUCGCCGCUUCCUCCCGGCAACAGCGCCACUUUACGGCGAGUGCGCCUGCCACAGCUCAAACUAUUGCAGUUGGUACCACCCAAUUCAACACUUCAAAUAAUGCAAUCACUAGAUUUCAAGCAACGGAAGAUGACCGAGUCUCAUCCUCCUCAUCCUCACAUGGCCGUCGUUUGUCCAUUCUAUUGCAGCCGCCGCCGACUAAACAAGUUGAAUUUUAAAAUUAUCCUCUUCCACAGGCGUCCAAGGAUAACACAGAAGGGCUUGAAGGACGGUCUUCCCCGCGAUAUUGCCUCCGCCUACGCCCAAAUCUCGUCCCUGAUUCAUGUCGCAUCUCCGCCUCCGCCUCUGUUGUCGACGUCGAACAGAGAGAAGCAGCUUCAGCGAAAUCCGGGUAGAUUGAUGGCGGUUGUGAGGUUGAAGGAAGGAAUUGAUGGGAUUUGAGGGUAGAGAAAUAGAGAUCGUGAAUGGAGAGGGAGGAAGAAUGAUUUUUUUGGGAGAGGAAAGGGAGCAUGAGAUGGGAACAGAGGAAGGAUCGAGAAUGAUUUUUUGUGGAGAGGAAGGACGGUUAAACCGACCCAGCACCGAAAACCGACCGGUCGGUGGUCGGAUAACCGUGACUCCCUUCACGAUCGGUGGUCAGCAUUCGUAGGUGGCGGCUCGGUUUAACCGAUAAUUGAGAAAUCGGUUUUCGGUUAAACCGAAACCGAUCGACUGCCACCCCUAUUAUGAAAUAGUUUAUGUAACACAAUUUUAUAACAAUUACAAAAAUUAAAAAUUCAUCAAUAUUACUUACUAUCUAUAACUUGAGUUUAUUAUUAUACCACAAUUUAUAUAAAAAACUAUGUCAUAACUAUCUAUAAUUAUUAAAACUAAAUUAUUAGUUUCUUACCGACCGCGCAUAGCCAAAAAGAGCUAGUUUUUGUGUAUAAUUAAAGAUCAUGCAUCCUACCAGACGGCCAGACACCUCUACACCCUGUAUUAGAGGUGGCAAUUAGGAUCCAAAUCCAUGAAUCCAAUCCAAUCCAUCAAAUUAUCCACAUAAUCCAAUCCAUUUAAAUCCAAUCUAUUUGAUCCAAAUCCAAUUGGAUUGGUGAAUUCAUGAAUCAAUCCAUGGAUCCAAAUGAAAAAUUACAAUCUGGUACCUAUAUUUUUUAUAUUUUACAUUUUGGUACCUAAAAUUUAUAUUCUUAUAUGAAAAUUUACAUUGGAAAAUUACAUUUUGGUACCUAAAAUUUUUCAUCAUGACAUUUUAGUACCUAAACUUUUCAAAAAUUACAUUUUGGUCCAAGCCUUGGAUGUCAUUUGGAUUCAUGAAUCAAUCCAUCAAUCCAUUUGAUCCAAUCUAUGAAUCCACCAAUCCAUUGGAUCAAAUCCAUUUGAU